CUCCCUCCGUCCCAAAAAGUCUUUCCUAUUUCAUUUUUUGUGCAUCUCAUAAAACACUUCUAUCUCGCCUUGAAUGCCAAAAAAACUUUCAAAAUAACUUCUACCCACAAUAAAGAAGAAAUGUUGUAAAUUUUAGGUAUUUUAGAUGUCGAUAUAUAUGAUGGCCUUCGGGAGGAGCUUUCCCUUUGUUGCCCCUUCUCUUGGAUUUUUCCUUUUACUUAUUGUAUCUUCUCUUGCAGAGAAAGCGCCUUACAACUCUUUUGCAAAAGAUGCAACGUCAGCACCGGCCGUAGCGGGGCACUACGACUACAUAGUCAUUGGAGGCGGAACCGCCGGUUGUGGCUUGGCGGCAACGCUCUCCGCCUCCGCAAGAGUGCUCCUACUAGAGAGGGGCGGCUUGCCGUACCGCAACCCGAACAUCAUGCACCAAAGCGGUUUGGUGCCGUUGCUUUACGACACGUCACCAACUUCAGCCGCACAACACUCGGUGUCGACGGACGGCACGCAGCUGACGCGGGCCCGCACUCUGGGCGGCGGGUCGGCCAUUAACGGGGGAGUGUACUCGAGAGCAAGCAACGAGGAGGUAGCCGAGGAGGGGUGGGACCCCCACUUGGUGAACCAGUCGUUUUCGUGGGUCGAGAGGAAGCUGACUUCCCGGAUCAAAACAUUGUUGCAGUGGCAGACGGCGGUGAGGGACGGGUUGGUGGAGGCCGCCGGGGUGGUGCCGUACAACGGAGGGACUUACGAGCACUUAGUGGGGACCAAAAUAGGGAAUUCCCUAUUUGAUGGGGACGGGUACAGACACAGCGCUGCAGAUCUCUUGGAGUAUGCCGACCACACUAACAUCACUCUUCACUUCCAUGCCGUGGCCCACAAAAUAUUAUUCAAGACCCCUUCACCAGGGGGGAAACCCACGGCCCAUGGAGUUCUUUUUAAAGACUCGAAAGGGAAUGAUCACACGGCGUUCUUGAACGGAGGGCCCAAGAAUGAGAUCAUUCUCUCGGCGGGUGCAAUUGGAAGCCCACAGCUAUUGAUGCUGAGCGGCAUUGGGCCGUCGAAUCAUCUCGAAGCCCACGGAAUAGAUGUAGUGCUGGAUCAACCAAUGGUUGGGCAAUUGAUGGGUGACAACCCAGUGAAUGCAAUCCUAAUUCCAUCCAUUAGGCCCAUUGAGGCCUCACUCUCGGACGUUUUGGGCAUAACCGGUUCUGGAAAUUACAUUGAAACAGUGAGUGGAUUGACUCUGGUCCCCAAAGCCAUAGAAGUCCUCACCCAAGCUGGCGUUGACAUGUCCUUCCCGGAUAUGAAGAUGCAAGGUGGGGUUUUAGCUUCAAAGGUGAGCAAAAUUUUCUCCCAAGGGCAUAUGGAACUCAAGAGCAAGGACCCAAAUGACAACCCAACGGUCACCUUUAACUACUUCCACGACUCGAGGGACCUCCGAACGUGUGUGCGGGGCAUGGAAGUCCUCAGAAAAGUCUUCGAGUCCGAGGCCUUGGCUUCGAUUCGAAAUCCCUCGGCCUCGUUCCAAUCUAUCUUGGACCUGAUGUCGUCCGUUCCCAUCAACCAGAGGCCAAAACACCGCGUCGGGUCUGCUUCGUUGGAGCAGUUUUGUGUGGACAACGUGUUUUCCUCAUAUCACUACCACGGCGGGUGCCGAGUGGACAGCGUCGUCGAUCGCGAUUACAAAGUGAUCGGUGUCGACGCUUUGCGAGUAGUUGAUGGCUCCAUAUUUUCAAGUGCCCUUGGAACUAAUCCUCAAGCAACUACCAUGAUGUUUGGAAGGUACAUGGGGCUCAAAAUUUUGCAGCACCAAUCAACUUCUGAAUGAACUUAGAAAAAACUAAGUUGAACUCUAUAUCUUGAAAUGAAACGUACUGUGAUAUAUUUGAAAUGGGGUUGUCUCAAUUAUAAUUAAGAUCAUACACAAAUGAGUGUGUGAAGUUUGUAUGUCUAAAUAAUAAUAAAUUGAGAUCGAGGAUAUUAUUUCUAAAUAAAUAAUUUGGUCAUGU